AUGUCCCUCACAUAUACAAAAAUCCCCAUUGACGUGCAGGGAGUGAGCCUCGAGCUGUCGACAGUCCACAGUCUCAACGCCAACCCCCCAAUCUUCUUCCUACACGGCUUCGGCUCAUGUAAAGAGGACCUGGCCGAUAUCAUUCUACAGCCUGCUCUACGGCAAUAUGGCUAUAUUGCAUUCGAUGCCCCCGGCUGCGGCCACUCUGACAGCCACAACCUCUCUGCCACAGAUAUCCCCUUCCUAGUGGCAACCGCAUUAGCAGUCCUUGAACACUUCAAAAUUACGAAAUUCCACCUUAUGGGUCAUUCAAUGGGAGGACUCACAGCCCUUCUCCUCGCCCACCAUAAUCCCGACAGGGUCUUAAGCUUCGUCGACAUCAAAGGCAACCUCGCGCCGGAGGACUGCUUUCUCAGUCGGCAGAUCUUUAGUUUCCCGACUGAUGACCCGGAGGCUUUCAUGGAUGAGUUUAUUAUUCGAACUCGCGAUGCGAAAUCGUUCGGGAGUCCGCUGUAUGCUAGUACGCUAAGGGCGAGGGUACGGGCUGGUGCUGUGCGUUCGAUAUUCGAGUCCAUGGUGCGGUUAUCCGAUAGUGAGGACUUGCUUGGGAUGUUUUUGGGAUUGCCUUGUCCUAAAAUGUUUAUGUAUGGGGAGGAGAACCGGGGUCUGUCGUAUCUACCGCGAUUAGGAAAGGAGAGCGUCGACCUGGCGGAGAUUCCAGCGAGUGGGCAUUUUCCAAUGUAUUCGAACCCUGUUGAGAUGUGGUGUCGUAUUGCGGAGUUUAUGAAGUGUUUUUAG